CGCUCCGAUUGGAGCGAGGGCCUGCUUGUCUGCGUGCCUCCAGGGCCAGCGGCCGCUCGCUGGGCCUGGGCAUUCUGUUCCUAGGUCUUCCACGUUCUACUUCCAGGAGGGUCUGAGGUUUAGGUCCUAGAGGAGCAGAGCGUCCCCGAGUUGGUGCGCUGACACAGAGACGGAGGAAGACCAUGGCUGAGUUCUCCCAGAAGAGGGGAAAGCAGCGUGGUGAGGAAGGCCUGGGCAGCGCUGUGGACUUCCUCUUGGCCAACGCCCGUCUGGUGCUGGGCGUGGGUGGGGCUGCAGUGCUGGGCAUUGCCACCCUGGCUGUGAAGCGGCUUAUUGACAGGGCCACUAGCCCUCAGGAUGAGGAUGAUGCCAAGGGAGACAGCUGGAAGGAACUGAGUCUGCUCAAGGCCACGCCACACCAACAGCCCCGGCCCCCACCUGCUGCCCUCAGUCAUCCCAUAUCACCGCUGGCCCCCUCACUCUCUGGUCCAGAAGAACCUACAGAUACGGAGCCUCAGAUGUUACCUCAACUCAUCUCCCCAGUGCCACUGUGUCUGACGUUCCAGGAGAAGCUGCUGGCAUUUGAGCGGGACCAUGUGGUUAUCCCAGCGGCUAAUGUAGCUUUGGCCAAACAGCUGGCUGGUGACAUUGCCCUGGAGCUACAGGCCUACUUGAGGAACAAAUUCCCAGAACUGCCUUUUGGGGCACUCGUGCCUGGAGGCCCCCUGUACGAGGGGCUGCAGGCUGGGACCACAGAGCAUGUGCGCCUCCUGGCACCGCUGGUACUGGAGCCAGGGCUGUGGAAUCUGGUGCCUGGAGUGGACACUGUGGCCCAGGACCCUUGCUGUUGGGCUGUGCGCAGGACUCAGCUUGAGUUCCACCCACGUGGGAGCAGCCCCUGGGACCGCUUCCUGGUUGGGGGCUACCUCUCCCCUCGAGUCCUGCUAGAGCUGCUCCGCAAAGCCUUGGGUGCCUCAGUCAACUGGCCGGCCAUUGGCGGCCUGCUCGGGUGCCUCAUCAGGCCCAACAUGGCCUCAGAGGAGCUGCUGCUAGAGGUACAGCAUGAGCGCCUGGAAUUCACCAUGAUUGUGCUCAUGGCAAUCACGGGGUCCAACCAGGACAACCGUCUCCUUCUGGCCUGGCCCCUGGAGGGGCUGGCAGGGAACCUGUGGCUUCAGGAUUUGUAUCCGGUGGAGACUGCCAGACUAAAGGCCCUUGAUGACCAUGAUGCUGGCACUCGCAAGAGGCUGCUGCUGCUGCUGUGUGGUGUCUGCCAUCGCCACCCAGCCCUGGGGCACCUGGGCCGAGACCAUCUGGCCCAGGUGGUGCUGCACCUGGGGGAGAAGGAAGUGGACUGGACUGAAGAGGCCUUGGGAGAGCGCUUUCUGCAGGCCCUGGAGUUGCUCAUACGCAGCUUGGAGCAGGCCAGCCUGCCUUGCCACUUUGACCCCAGUGUGAACCUCUUGGGUAGCUUGCGGGAGGACGAGAUAGAUGACAUGGGUUAUGCACUGUACAGUGGUCUCCAGGCACCUGAGGGGCUGCUCUAGAUGGGUGGGAACCCCGUGAUCAGCAUGUUUUCUGAUGCUGGUGAGGGUAUCCACCCCACCCCACAGAGACUUGCAGAGUAAGCUUUGCUUGUAGCCUGAACAAAGGAGGGUACCUUGCCUCAGUCCAUGGGGAGAGGCACGUGUGUAGGCUAUAGUCUCUUGGAUCCUUGAUCUUGGAGAGCCUGGGUUGCUGUCACCUGAGCACGGCUGGUCCGCCCUUUGCAGCUUGAAACACCAGCUACUCAGUCAGGUGCCUCCUCAGCAACUAGGGCCAACCUGGGACUUGGGCUCAGUUCAUCAUCACCAGCAAUGAGUCUACUGAGAACAUGGCUUCUCCUGUCCCAGGCCAGGUGGAUGAUGCUCCAUUUUUCUGCCAGAGAGAAAUUUACUACUUUUUUGGGCAUUAGCUCAGUGGAGGUGCAGAGUGCCUGAUCUUUUAAAUAUUGCUUUCUUCCAUUCUCGGGGGCUGGUAUCACCCGAGACCUGGGAGGACAGUGUUUUGCUAUUGAAGUGUUUUCCUGAGGUCUUCUGUGUGUGUGAAUUCUGCAGCUCUGCAGCAGAAGCUUGCUUUGAACUGCUGCCCACCUUAUACCUCAGGGAAGGCCCCUUUUCCUCUAGCUGGGUGAGUUUUCUCUUCAGGCCGCAGGGGCCCCAGGGAGAGCCCUUUCCCCAGGGCUUGUUUCCGCUGUGGGCUCCCUGAAGAGGAGAGCGUGUUUCCUACCUGAUUCCUGGAGGUCUCGGCCUCCUCCCCCUGCAGAGUGCCACAAUGAACUGUGAGUGUCCUUUACUCUACUCUGUACCUGCCUGAAGUGGAAGGGAUUGGAGGAGGGACAAUCUCCUUCCUCUCCCAAGGUUACCGCCUGUUCCUGUAUUGUUCCUGCUGAAAUAAAGCUAUGUAUGCCUUGAAUGUGAACAAGAAUAAAAGGAAAAAAUUCGCUCA